UAGGAUUGCUUCGUAUGGGCGGAAAUUUGUCUGAAUGAAGCAUGGCAUUAUUAUUUAGACUUCCUUAGCUUAAAUGCAGACGAAGAAGAUAAUCAAAAAUGGUUGCAAGUUAUACUUCACUCGCUGGAUAAAUUAAAUACAUGCAUUAAAGAGAUUGAUGUCUUCGUAGUGAAAUAUUUGCCUUUCAACCAAAGAACUCGUUUAGUGCAAAAUUUGAUUCAUAUUCUUUGUCAUCAAUUAGAUUUACUUGGAAGAAGUUUUAAUAUACCUAUUGACACCGUUUUACCAUGGAUCUUAUUACACCAUAUCCUUCAAUUUGAAGAUGAUAAACGUCGAGCAAAAACUACAUCAGUAACUAAAAAUGAACUACAGUCUACUGCUCUUUUUAAAGUAUCUGAGGAGAAUGAAGAUGAAGACAAUGAAGAUAUUCCAGCAUCUAUUGUAAUUUUGCUCAAAGCUCAUAAAUUUUUGGGUCGACAUGGAUUGUGCUGUAUGAAAAAUGGGAAACUAUUACUUUUUAUAAUGGAAUUACUCGUCCCAAAAUUAAACUUUCCACCGUUUUCGCACAUUAAAGAAAAAUUGAGACAGCCUCUAGAGCAAGUAAUUUUUUGUUUGUAUGGGCAUCCAUCAAAGUUUAUUAGUGGUAUACGAUCAAAACCUAGAUACCUUGAUGAGCAUGUUAAAACUACUAUAGCCCUAACAUGGGAGAAAAGUCAAUUAUUGUUCGAGUUUUAUAAACCAGGAAAUUUUCCAUCAUUUGUAUCAAGAAAAAAUGAUUCUAUAAAUUUAGACACAGUUGUCUUGUUUAAAAAAAUAUGUCAUUUAGUUCCAUCGGAUAGUGACCCAUUUUACAAACUAGAAGAUAUGAAUGCCUUUUUACUUGGAAAUCGAGAAGAUAUUCCAAGAGUAGAAAAAAUAAUUGGCAAUGGCAUAUCAUACAUAUAUUACCUCAUUGCUGAUCAUUAUUUCAAAGCCUCAUCAAAUCAGUCGUGGGAAAAUGCAAUAAAAUAUUACAUGUUAGACUUAUGCUUACACCCAGAAGAACUUAACUCUUGGGCCGGCUUAGCCAUGUCAACUAGUACUCAGAUGGAAACAUGGUUAAAUAAUUUUUAUCCUGAUAUAAAUGAAGAAAAAUAUCUGAUGAAAGCAAAAAUAUCCCGACGAAGUUAUCAGCAAGCAGUAAAAUUAUCACCAUUACAUGUAACUAUAUGGACUGAAUUUGGACAUUUCUUAUAUACUGUUCAUUCUUUUUGCUCACGCUUAUUAAAACAAGAAAGUGAUUCUUUGAGCAUGGAAAAAUUUAAAACUUUUGAAACCCAGAAAGAAGAAAUGCUUGAUGAAUCAAGAGAUUGCUUUUUAACUGCUGAACUCGUUUAUUUGACCGGUCAAGCUAUUGAUGAACCACAAGAUGAAAGAUGGCUGUAUCAAUACAUGUUAGCUAAAAUUGCAGAAAAAAAGAAAGAGGAACCUCCAAAUUUUUUGAAAUAUUAUUCAAACUGGACACAUAAAAAGUACCAGAUCGCUAAACAGCAGAACGCUAGGACACUGACAGUUAAAGCUAGUGUGAGAGAUGAGGAUGCUGCCACUUGA